UCACAUGGUGAUCUGACGAAAAAUUCUCAAGGUGACGAUAAAUCACCUUUUCGGCGAGUUUAGAAGGAGCUGACAGCAGACUAACGGGAUGGUAAUCCUGAGCGGAUUGCGAACAUAAUUUCCAAAAAUAAAAACAAAAUAAAUGUUUUUAUAGAUUAUCCAAAUUUGGUUGGUGUAAGGAGAGGGGUAUCAUAUCCGACCGGAGUCUGGACGCUGUCAGAGAAAUUGUUGCAUCGCUGAGGUCAAGUAACCUAUUUUCAGACGUACAUAUCCUAGGACAUGGAUGGUUGUUCCGAGCUGGUGCGGCAGUACACCACGGUGUGGUGGAGGAAAUUUUGAGAGCCAUCGAAAAAGGCCAUUCAAACCAUAUCAGGGGAAUGUUGCAAGCUGGAUGGCGGUUGGAAGCUUCGCAAGCGCUCUAUAUAUUCUUGACAAGAUUACAGCAACCACUGAUACCCCAUUCGAUACAAUCUUUAGUGUUAGAUGAUAAUGGUAACGUUCCACCAGAAAUUAUAGCAACGGACGUGUUAGGUCUCUUGAAACAAGAACUGUCCGAAAAUCAUUUGGCGCUGACAUCGUUACUUUUAAAUCUGCUGGACAACGUCAUAAAAGUAUCUCCGGCAGAUGAGUUGAGAGGCAAUACACUUCCGACGUCCAUGUUACCAUUAUUUUUUAACGUACAGAAUCGUCACAUAAGCGAAUGGAGGCGAAUAGCGACGAUCUUCGUGGAAGUGAUUCGGCACGCUAGUCAGGCGCUGGACCCGUGUUUCGCAUGCGACCAGAACAAUGUUCCAAUGUCGAAUGACGUCAACAGCAGUGAGCUUAUAGAGGGAUUUAACCAACUUAUAUCUGAACCCGUCGACUUAUUUGGAAAUGCAGCCACUAGGCGAUACCUGGCUCCAGCGGGUUUCCGGGGAGACUGCUACCACAUGGAAGUUUAUCAUAGGAACAACCAUAGACAGUAAAAGUAGGUAUAAGCAGAAUAUUUUUAUUACAAAGUGUAAUUCAUACAAAAAAUAUAUCACAUCCACAUCACAAA